AUGCCGAGACAUUCUAAGCGGUUGAGAGAACCACGGGAGGUUGAGGUACACCUCGAUGGAGAUCAGCUGAAGGCCUCCAUGAAGGAUUCUCCGCCACCCAAAAAUGUGAAUGCAUCAAAGGAGCCUGGGGUUCACAAAGAUGAAAGGGAGGCCUCAUCCCCGGCCGUCCCACCUGAUGAGAAUCAUCUGAGGACAGUAGUUGCCCCCAUGAGAGAUGCUGGCGAUUUCCCGCCCCCAAGGACACCACAGGUGCCGAACUCUGGCCGGCAAGAUCUGGGCCCGUCGACGCGCAGGCCUGACAAGAAUCCUCGAGUCCAUUCUCGUGAACACCCUGGGAAGGCGAAGCAGCUCCAGGGGCCAGAGCAGAAGAACAACGCUAACCCUCACAAUGACACCGAAGUCACCUCUAGGGAGGCGCCACCUGACCUAAGAGAAAAGGUCAAUAGAAGGAGGUCUGAAGUAAGGACAACACCUCCUGUGGCCCCUUCGAAGGGUAGAGAAAAGGGAAAGGUCGACCCUACAGAUUUGAGGGACUCCUUGAAUAGGAGGUGA